AUGAAAGCGCACGGCGUCAACAAGCUAUACUUUGCGCUCGACCCCGAGUAUGUGCCGCACAUCUCGCCGUCCGACAUCGCGCCGCAGGAUGUGCUGCAUCUCUUCCCAGACGGCCUCUUGCGGUCGGAGUGCGCGUGGCUCCUUUGCGUUUUGGGGAAGCUGGGACUUCGCUUGGAGCUGGUAAACAAGGCCAUCGCUGCCUACUCCCACUUCCCGCCCGACGUGCGCGUUCCUGCGAUUCGCAAGAACAUCCUCGAGUGCAAUGUCGGCGGCACUCCGAAGUCGGAGAGCGUCCUCCGCAUGAGCGGCGGCGCGAUCCUCAACCCGCUGCUCGACGAGACGAUGCGAUCGCACCCAGCUUGGCGGAGCUGGCUAUGUCUCGUUGAGCUCUUCGCGAUCGUGGUCCAGUUUUCUCUGACGUUGAGCGACAUCGAGCGUAUCGAUGACCUCGUCCUCGAGCACUCUGCCCUUUUCGACGCCGUGCCCGAGUACAAUGGAUUGAAGCGGCCGAAGCACCACUUCCUGUCCCACCUCGCGACUGACAUAUGGCGCUAUGGACCGCCCCGCGGCUACUGGUGCUUUGGCUUCGAGGGCUUCAACAAGGUGAUCAAACUGGGAGCGGAGCGGUCGAACUUUAAGAACGAGACGGUUGGCGGACAGAACACGAUGAUCCUCAACCUCACUCCUGGUACGCAGUCGUCUGGGUUCGCUGCCGAGAAAGCGGACCUCGGCGCACCCGCAGCCUCCGAGGCGGCCGCCCUCGAGCGGGACCGCCUCGAGCGCCGCCUCCGUGCGGCAGGUACUCAGCGCGAGCACUUUGACUCGUCGCUCCGGCAGCGAGUGGAGGCGGCCGCGACACCGCCGCCCUCCGCCGGAGGCGCUCGUCCCUUCUACUCGCGCGCGCACGACACGCGGACCGGCGUCGCCGCCGGCGCUGCGGCGCGGGCUGCGGCGCUCUCCCUUAGAUGCGCCCAAACCCUCGCCGUCCGCUGUCCGCAAACCGUGCACACGCCCUGCAGCUACACUGUACUGCAGUCGGCGCACAAGGCGGCGCUCGACGACCACGUCAACAAGUGCGCCGUCAACUGCAUCUUUUACCAGAACCCGGCCGCGUACAACCGCGCCGUCUCCGGCCUCUUUGUGCGCGCCAUCAACCUCUCGUAA